CCCAAACUGAAGCCAGGUUUCCGUACAAAAACGAUAAACGAACUUUCAAAUAAUGACAGACCCCAUUAAGAAGUAGAAGUACACAAACUCACUCAUUAUGCACGCAUUCUGCAAAAGGGGUCAACUACAGGAGGCUAUGAGACUAAUUCUCUCAAACCCAACUCAGUUAGACUCUUAUUAUUCUUGCUACAUGAAUAUCUUGCAACUCUGCAUCGAUGAACGAGCAGAAAGACCCGGUCUUUUGGUUCAUAACCACGCAAUAACAAGUGGGUUUGAUUCAAAUUUGAAUUUAAAUACCAAGCUGGUGAUAUUUUACUCGAAAUUUGGCCGCAUUGUUAGUGCCCGUAACGUGUUUGAUCGAAUGCCCGAGAAAAAUGUUGUGUCUUGGACCGCUAUGAUUUCUGGGUAUGCUCAAAGUGGAUGUUAUGAAAAUGCUUUGGUGAUGUUUUUGAAUAUGCGUCAGGCGGGUUUUAGAGCUAAUCAGUUUGGGUAUGGUAGCGCGUUGAGGGCAUGUACGGGUUUGCGGUGUUUGGAAGUAGGGAUGCAAAUACAGGGGUGUAUUCUGAAAGGUAGGUUUGCUGAGAACUUGUUUGUGCAGAGUGCGUUGGUUGAUUUUCAUUCAAAGUGUGGAAAGAUAGAGGAUGCGCGUUAUUUGUUUGAGGAAAUGUCGGAAAGGGACUUGGUCUCUUGGAAUGCAAUGAUUGGCGGCUAUGCUGUUCAGGGCUUUGCUGAUGCCUCAUUGCAAUUGUUUCAUUCAAUGACGAGGGAAGGCAUGUUCCCUGAUUGCUUCACCUUGGGGAGUGUUUUGAGAGCCUUAGCUGGAGGUAGUGGUUUCAUGAAGGUAAGUCAAAUACAUGGGUUCAUCAUGCAAGUGGGGUUUGGAUCACACAAAACUUUGAGUGGAUCACUGAUCAAUGCAUAUGCUAAAUGUGGAAGUGUAGAGAGUGCUCAUAAAAUAUACAAGAACAUGAUGAAAAAGGACAUUAUAGCUUGCACUGCACUGAUAACUGGAUAUGCACAAGAAGGUAACUACAGCAGAGAUGUGCUAGAUCUCUUUAAAGAAAUGACUCUUACGCACCUGGCCUUGGAUGGUGUCAUAUUAUGCUCCAUGCUUAACAUAUGUGCGAAUAGUGCUUCAUUGAUCUUGGGAAGACAAAUCCAUGCCCUGACUUUUAAACACCAACCUUGUUAUGAUGUGGCCAUGGGAAAUGCUCUAGUUGAUAUGUAUGCCAAAUGCGGAGAAAUUGAAGAUGCUAACCAUGCUUUUGAUGAGAUGGAAGAAAAAGAUGUUAUUUCAUGGACAUCACUGAUUUCUGGAUAUGGAAGGCAUGGCUUAGGACAUAAGGCGAUUGCUUUAUAUAAAAAGAUGGAAUAUGAGGGGUUGGAACCUAAUGGUGUCACAUUUUUGUCUCUUCUCUUUGCUUGUAGCCAUGCUGGAUUGACAGGUGAAGGAUGGGAAUGCUUCAAUACUAUGCUCAACAAAUACAACAUCUUGCCCCGAGCUGAGCAUUUUUCUUGCAUUGUAGAUCUUUACGCGCGUGCAGGUUUGUUAGAAGAAGCUUACAAGUUGAUAUGUGACAUGAACAUCAAGCCUAAUGCCUCACUUUGGGGAGCCAUUCUUGGGGCAUGUAGCAUAUAUGGUAAUAGAUCACUUGGAGAACUGGCAGCAAUGCGUCUUUUUGAGAUGGAUCCAAAGAAUUCAGUUAACUACGUUGUUCUAGGAAGCAUAUAUGCUGCAUCUGGAGCAUGGGACAAUGCUUUGGAAACCCGAAAUUUGAUAGAAAACAGAAGUUUGAAAAAAGAACCAGCACAGAGCCUUUUACAAUCCACAACAACGAAAACCGUGCUUUUUCAGCCAACUUAAGACAGUAGAACUAGCUAAAUUUGUUGUUCAUCCUUGAAGAGGAGCAAAGAUUUAUUACCAUGCUGAUCAUGUGGAUGUUUUGUUUUGCUCCAAGAGUAGGUGAAAAUGCCUUGUUUAACUCAGACCGCUUUCACAUUUUGCUUCUGAACACUCAGGCAUGGAGGAGGAGUCAUUAGGAUCAA